GUUUCUUGCGUCCAAGCUCACAUCGGGUGGCAUCGCGUACUUGACAGGUUGUUGUCUGUGGUUGUUUGGAUUCUCGGUGUUCUUGGAUCUCAUUUUCAGUUCUCAGUUGUCGGUCGUCGUUGAGUCAGUUCGAUCCUAGUCUUUCGCAGGUGGCACGUGAUAUAACCGACCAUAGAGCGUCUGACGCGCUACCAAGUCUAAGAAUAUCAAAAUGUUGCGCCUUACAGGAGCAUUUUUGCUGAUUUGCCUGCACGCAGGCUACGUUUACGGGAUGGACUGUUCUUUUGGCACUAAUAAGAACGUAUGGGAGAAGCCGUUUACUUCAUGCCCGGGUUUACUGGAUCGGUCCGAUAAGUCUUAUUGCUGCUUCGAUAUAGUCGAUCAAAGGACCUAUUGUUGCGACUUCGAGGAGUUUGCGGUGAAAAACGGACUCGGUAUCAUUGUUCCCGUGAUAAUCGUCGCGGCUAUAGCAGUUGGAUUGAUAGUGUGUUGUAUAUCUUGUCUCUGCUGCAGCUGUUGCCCAUGGUAUCGCCGUCGUCACCAAGGCACCGUCUAUGGAAAAGUUCAGACACCUGUUGUGCAAGUAAUUCAGCCCCAGGCAAAUCUUCCACCAAGCUACACUAGUCAAGCAAUUCCAAACCAACAAAUUUCAUAUCCAACGAGUUCAAUAGGAAUGCCACAACCCCCGCCGUACAGCACCGAAGUGUACGCUAAACAAGCUCCGUACAACCCCGCAUAUCCACCACCAUCACAUCAGUAACAGUCCAGAUUAUAGUUACCUUGGUUACAAUUGUCGAUAAAAUAUUUACAAGGUUGCUUAUCAUUGUCCAUAUCAUAUCGAGGGUAAUUCUUAUCGAAUCUGAGCCCUAAUGUCAAUAUGGAAUAUAUUGUGUUCAUUUGGCCGUCAUAUAGCACAAACAGAAUCAUGAUCCGUGCACGUUUCACGCAAUGGUCCAUUAAGCUACAAAUACUCUCGUAAAAUUUUUUACCACUUACAUAAGUCACGAUAUGUUUUUGCUGGACAGAUCUUCCUAAGAAUUAUUUGAUAUCUUGAUUUUAUUAUAUAUUUUUACACAUAUAUUUGUUAAAAAUAUAUUUUCAAAGAAUAUUUUAUAAUUAAUAAGCCUCGCAAAUAGAAUACAAAUAGAACAAACUUUAAUAUUCUCAGCAAUAUAAGAAUCUAACGAGAAAAGAAAUAUAUAUUCGGCUCUAUUAAACUUUGUACAAAACUGACAUAUAUUAUUGUUAUCAAAUUUGAGAUAUAAGAUUAAUAAAAUACUGAAAUAUUCUUGAGGUCUUAUCCAAUAUUAAAUAAAAUUAAUUCCAUUGUCACACACGAAUUUUUAUCAAAUUAAUCGAUUCGAAUGGGAGAUAACUUAUAUCGAUGUUAUCUUUUCAAUUAUAUGCAAACGUGAAAAUCAAUUAUUAUAUAAAAAAAAGUUACCUUGUUUUCUAAAGAUGAUAUAAGCUGCAUCAUGUAGAUGUACAGCAGGUACAGGAUUACAGAUAGGACGAAAGAUCUUGAAGAACGUGUACAAUAUAGCGUGUGUUCAUUUAAUUCAGUGAAAAUCGCAUUAUUAUUCUCUCAAUAUUUUUGAUAUACAAUAAUAAUUAUUAAUUAAUUAGGUACAGGAACACUUUAACGUCCGUGUGAUAUUGAUGAUGAUCAAUUACAUAUAAUUAAAAAAACGUUAUCGACCGAAUUUAUAAAUAAACAAUACAUACGUCGUUUCUACGGUUUUAUUGUUUUUUCCUCCGGCUUUCCCAUAGGGAUCACGCGUAGGAAGCGAGCUCCGGCAAAUUACGACAAAAUCGAACCAUCGAUUUAAGGGCCAUCUGAUAAAAAACGGCGAGCAUUUUUUUUUUACAUUGUACUUUCAAUUAAAUAUGUGUUACAAUUUAAUCCUUUCAGUCUCAAAUUUUAAUUUUAUCUUUUUACUUCAGUAGAUCUCUCUUGUUUUAGUUUCUUUGAUGCGAGUUAGAGAUACAGGUCAACUGGAUAACGCUAUCGUUUUACAAAUCGGAAGGAUAAAUAAUAGAUUGAGCAUCUUUACAAUACUCUGCGAUCUCUAUCUUAGAAUACGAUACAUAUAAGCUUUGACUAUAUAAGAAUGGACUGCAUGCCAGUUGCUGUAUGCCUGUUGUAAAAAUAUCGAGAUAUCGAUAACACGAUUUAUAUUAAAUAUAUCAGAUAAUAAUAUAUCGAUUUAUAUCAAAUAAUAA